CCCACCCAUUAUAAGUUAAGUUGAGACCAAAAGCUGCUAAACCCUGGAAAAUAAAACAACUUGGAUUUGCAAGUUGAAUGCUAAAACCCUAAGGUUAAACAAGUCGUUCUUCAAUCGGCUAAAGUAGCGCGGGAAAAUCUAUAUGCUGUCUGCAUCAUUUUCAUCAUGAACUUCAAAGGUACUACUUCCAUUAUUAUUACUGCUCCAAACAACAAACCUCAAUCGCAAACCCUAUAACUACUCACCUCCUCUCUUUUUGGUUGAAUGUUGUCCUCGUGGAAUGAUUGAUCUGUCUGUUAAUAUGUAUACGAGAAUGAUUUUUAUCUUGCCUUUUGCGAGUUCAAAUUUGUUGAAUUCAUUGGUACAUUUAGGUCAUAUUUUAAUAUAUUUUUUUUUGGAGAAUUAGAAAAUGGGUAUAGCAUUUCUCUGUACUGAUACCUCAGUAAUAAUGAAAAGGAAAAAGUUGUUUUUUUCUUCACAAAGCAGGAUUCAUGCUUGAUAAAAUUUGCAAGGACAAUCAUGUUAGGGUAUCUUAUGGUCUCCUAUACAAGAUUUUAGGACACUCAUCCAAUUACUGAAGGUAAUGAGAUGUGAGGCACUUGAGCUUUAUAAUAUAAUGAUAGAGAAAGGUAGAACUCUUGAUGUAGUUCUUUGUGGUACAAUUAAAUGUGAAGUGGGGAAAAUGAAAGAGGGGCAUGAUCUUCUUCGGGUGUUUGCUGUUGGUCUUUAGUUCGAUUUAGAUGUUUAUGACUUUAUGUUAAAAUUGGAGAUUUCUAAGGAGCAAUUGAAGAGUAUACAAGAUUGUUGAAGGAAUCUCUCCUAGUUCGGUAAUUUACUACAUUCUUAUCAAGGGGUUAUGUCAGAAAGGUCAGCUGAUUGAAGCUUGUGGAGUUUUUAGUAGGAUUUUAAAGAAUGGUUUCGAGCUCUCUGGUUUGACUUAUAGUACACUUGUUGAUACUUUUAGAAAUAUUAGAGAUGGGUUCCAUUAUAUGAGUUCAUGGUGAAGAAAAGUUGUGUUUUGAAAGUCGUCACCUAUUCUGCACUUGUACAGGGUUUUUGCGAAGAAGGGAGAACGACUGAUGCUCGCUGGUUUCUUAAGCAAUGGAGAGUAGUUUUGUCCCAAAUGUUGUUGUUUUGGUGUGAAAUGAAAAGAAUCAGGGAUGUAUUGAAGGUGUUCAAACAAAGUGAGAAAUAAUAUAGACCCUGAUGUUGUCACCUGCACCUUUUUUCUCAUGGGGGUCACAUAACGUGGUAAGUAGGAUGAAACUUUGAUUAUUUUUCUUUCAAGUGAGAAAUGCUAUAACGUUUUGCACUCUCAUUGAAUAGCAAGGGUUUGGAACCGAAUACAAUUAUCUGGAUAAUAUUGAUCAAUGUGUCAUCUAAAGAUGCUAGAAUAGACAAAGCGAUGUUAGCUUUCGAUUUAGUGGUGGAAAAGGAUUUUACCCCAAAUUGCAUCACAUAUAACACUUUGAUUGAUCGUACUUCAAAUCUGAAAAUAUGCGAAGUCUGUACGAGCGACAUGAAGAAAUGCUUCAAAACAAAAUUUCUUCAAUAUUGUUAGUUAUAGUGUUCUCGUUGAUGGUCUUUGUAAAGGAGGAAGAAUUUAUGAAGUAUCAAGGGCUUUUCAGUUCGCGAUAAACUGUGUUCUUUGCCUGAUGUUGAGGCAUAUGGGAUUUUAAAUUGAGGGUUUUGUAAGGUUGACAUGCUCACUGAUGGUGUAGUGCCGGAUGUUUUAUUACCAAAAACGAAGAAGCAUAACGUCUCCCAGAUGACAAAAUACCAUUAGAACAUGCAAAGUAACUCGGGAAAGCACUGCUCGUGGUUGGUAUACAUCAUCUUUAUUGCCAAGUACUUUGGCUGCCGGCUCCGCACUCUGUUUUAUGUUGCCGGAGGCUCUUCAUAUAAACUCAAGUCUACCCUACAAAGUAUAAUGGUUUUAGAUGGAGAUUGGAGAAGUUCAAUGAACAAUUCACUGAUACAAAUGGAAGGUGAUAAUCAUCAGAAUCCUAACUAUUUGGAUUCUCAUCAAGUUGUUCAGAGGAGUGAUAAGGAGAAGAGUUUCAUGGAAAUAGAAGGAAGGGGUAUUUCGGAAUUCUUAAGGAAUUCUAGUGAAGAGAUUUUUCUGAAAUCUUUGAUUGAAGGUUCACUUGGAAUGCCAACACCAACAAUGGAAAUGCUUGGGGUUCAAGAAUCUGUGUCAGAGCUUUCGUGCAGAUAGCGAAGAACUUUUCAAUAGUUGGCUCAAUAAUGGAGAGAUUAAUGGACACAAUUCAACAGGCAUAGCACAUCGAACUCGGCAAGCAUCUCGACGGAUGUCCACUGAACUUGCUGCUCUGGUAAGUCAGCAACAUGGGAACACCGAUAUUUUGUUCCCUCAAACCUUGUCGAUAGUCGAUGAACUCUCAAGUGACCAAGAAGAACUUCCAUUCAGGAAUGUUGAGGAAAAAGGAACACAAGCAAGUAACAUGUGUUUAGCCAAGGCCUGGUUUCAGAGUUCCCAACCCAUGACAAGAAGCCGGUCUUCUGAACUAAGAAGAAGGUAUACAGCCAUGCAAAAUUGGCAAUCAUCAAAUGAAAUUGAAGCGACACAUAGUACCGCCCCAGAACAUGGAUUCAGUAGAAUGAGACCGCAAUAUGCAACCACAGGUAGUUUCAGUGACGUACAUGAAAUUCCUAGCCAACCAAGAACGUUCAUGUCUCCCUCCAAUUCAACGACAUCUUCUUUCAGCAACGCUCCUAUACUUCCUGUAGAUGCAGUUUCUUCUGUGGUGAGCAUGUUGAAGGGUACCCUAGAAAGGAAGAAACUUAUUAACCAGAUGGAAAAAGAAACAAUUGAAAGUAGUCAAUUUAGGAGUCAUCGUUCUCAAGAAGUUAGUCGAAAUUCGAGUUUCGACCAAGGGAAAAUGGUUCAUCAUAUACAUGAGCCGCAACCAACUUAUGAAGGAAUAUCUGGUGCUGAAGUGAAGCACCCUGAUAAGCUGCAAACAUUCGAAGGAGCAAUAGACAUAGAUUUAGACGGUUUUGUUGCCCCGCUAAAUCAAAUUCAAAUGGGCUAUGUUUGUCAAGAACCUUCUCAAAGUGAAUCAUCUGCUGCUGCACCUGGGCUUUCAACUGGUUUUGAAGUCUGUGAUGGUCCUAUUUCAGGUCAAACACCAUCCGGUUGCGAGAGUCUGAUGAAACAAGUUGCCAAUGGAAGUCUGGAAAACGGUUCAAUAGCUAAAGGUUUGAGCGAUACCUUAAUGGCGCGUCACUUAACAUCCUUAACAUGCACGCAUUCUAUCUCCCUCCCUUCUCUCCUCCCGACAUUGCCCGUCUGUGCCUGAGUGUUACUUUUAAAACCCAUAAUUGAUAUUCGAGUUUUUUGUUCAAAUUUGAACCUCCUGAAACUUAGGGGAGUAUGUAGGUUUUCAUUUUUUUAUACCUACUGAUGGAAGUUGACGAGUUUGCAUUUCGCAUUGAUUUUCUAUCUUCAGUUAAGAGAGUUUUAGUAUACUUCCAGGGUUGCCAGCAUUAAGGUUCAUUUGUUAAUACAGCAUACAUUUUUGAUUUCCA